GCUCUCCGCGGCUUGCCAGCGCGAGACCGCCCCAGCUGCCUCCCACACCGCGAUCCCGCCCCCGCUCGUCGCUGACUCGUGGGCCCAGAAUCGGACGUGAUCCCUCCUAGCUCCGCACGUCAUUGACCCAUGCGGUGAAGGCGAACAGAAAAGCCUUAUUUUUAGCCCACCCGAAGGGGAAAUACCGAAAUCUCUCCGCUGUUCGCCAUCUUUAGCUCCUCUCACCUCGCCUUCCCGAUCUCCCGUCCCCGACCAUUAAAGCCCGCGCACAUUGCAUCGAUCCACCACCCCCACCCCCUCGCCAGAUCCACCCGACCCUCCAAUCAACCAUGACGGUGUCGCCGUCGCCGCUGCUGCCGCCGGCUGGCGAGCCGUUCCGCGUGUUCGUGGGGUACGACCCGCGCGAGCACGAGGCGUACGAGGUGUGCCGCCGCAGCCUGCUGCGGCACGCCUCCGUGCCGCUCGACGUGCGCCCCAUCCGCCAGCCGGACCUCCGCGCCGCGGGGCUCUACUGGCGAGCGCGUGGGCCCACCGAGAGCACCGAGUUCUCCUUCACCCGCUUCCUCACCCCCUACCUCGCCGGCUACCGCGGCUGGGCGCUCUUCGUCGACUGCGACUUCCUCUACCUCGCCGACCUCGCCGACCUCCUCGCCGCCGCCGUCCCGACCGGCGCCGACGCGGACCGCCUCGCCGUCGUCUGCGUCAAGCACGAGUACAAGCCCGCCGAGGCCACCAAGAUGGACGGCGCCAUCCAGACCGUGUACCCGCGCAAGAACUGGUCCUCCAUGGUGCUCUACAACUGCGGACACCCCAAGAACGUCGCCGCGCUGACCCCCGACGCCGUCAGCACCCAGACCGGCGCCUUCCUCCACCGCUUCGCCUGGCUCGACGACGACGAGAUCGGGGAGGUGCCCUUUGUCUGGAACUUCCUCGUCGGCCACAACCGGGUCGACCCCGACGACCCGGCCACGCGGCCCAAGGCCAUACACUACACCUGCGGCGGGCCGUGGUUCGAGAGGUACAGGGACUGCGAGUUCGCCGACCUCUGGAUCAAGGAGGCCGAGGAGCUCAAGGCCGAGAAGGAGAAGCUCAGGCUCAAGGGCGACGCCGAGGAGGAAGACAACAAGGAAGGGAAUUGAUUGAUCGGUGAAAUAUACUGCAUUGGAUUGGUUCUUUUUGUGCUGCUGAAAUUUCAUUCCUUUUCUCCUCAAUCUAUUCAUUUCACGCACCAAUGUAGUAGUUUCCUUCACCUGUUAUCACUGAUAUGUUGGGAGAUUAGGAGGGUGGUAGGCUAUGAUUGGAUAACUCGAGUAGUAUAUUGGUGGUAGUAAGCAAUCGGUCUAUGAAUGCUCAUUGUUAAGGAAUAUUAGUCGAAUUUUUUCGGCAUUGCGCCUAUGAUAAUAGGAUCAGUUGAUCCUGAAGCUCCGUUUC